UUAUCCGGCUGCCUCCUUAGCUCACUAAGAAAGCCCAGGCUUGUGACUUGUGUCCAGGAGUCGCUCUUGUUCCGUUAUUCCCCAGCCCCGUGGCUUUUUGGGAGACUAUGAUUUGAUGUCCCCAGUUCCACAUCAGCCAAACCCAAGAUCCACCUUGAGACAAUGCCCCUCUUGUGACGUGCCCUCCUGCUGUCAGGUGGGGUCACACCACUGAAGUAGCUGCAGGGUCUUCUACCUCGAAAACUCUACCCUCAAACACCACCUCAGGAGACCCGAGACCUGUCUUUUGUGUCACAAGGGUGUGGACGGUUUCUGGCCACCAGGAUUCUGGCUGUGGCUCCACCCUCUCCCUCAAGCUGAGUCACGAUCACCAUAUUUACCUCUGUUCACAACUCCAUCUGUUACCCCCAAACCUCACCAAUCAGUUCAGAGCCCUUCCAACCACAUGUUCCUGAGACUGGACGUCCUACGCAGCGUUGCAGGUUCCUAAACCCCAAGGGCAGUCUACUUCCUCUGUAAUUUGUCAGAAAGUCCUAGGACAUCGCAGUCACCAACCAUGAGCUGCUCCUCUUGCACCAUUACUAUUCCCUGUCUAAAGACCAUCCCCUUCUGUGUGAGCUUUUGAGGUCAGGAGCCAGCAUCAUGAGGACGGUGCUCAGGGAGCAGACAGCUUCCAAGCAGUUUAACAACGAGGUCCUGAAGGCCCACAAUGAGUACCGGGCUCAGCACGGCGUCCCCCCACUCAAGCUUUGCAAGAAGCUCAACCAGGAAGCCCAGCAGUAUUCCGAGGCCCUGGCUAGCACAAGAAUUCUCAAGCACAGCCCGGAGUCCAGUCGUGGCCAGUGUGGGGAGAACCUUGCGUGGGCAUCCUACGACCAGACAGGAAAGGAAGUGGCUGAUCGGUGGUACAGUGAAAUCAAGAACUACAACUUCCAGCAGCCUGGCUUCACCUCAGGGACAGGACACUUCACAGCCAUGGUGUGGAAGAAUACGAAGAAGAUAGGAGUGGGAAAAGCAUCAGCGAGUGACGGGUCCUCCUUUGUGGUGGCCAGAUACUUUCCCGCAGGGAAUGUCGUCAACCAGGGCUUCUUCGAAGAAAAUGUCCCACCUCCAAAGAAGUAACUCUCCAGAUGUCACGAGCAGGUGGAGACACACAUACAAAGUGCCUAUAGAACAACAAAGAGCCAGCGAGUGUCUACCCGGGGUGUAUGCACUUGUGUGUGUACCCUCGAACAUCCGUACACACACCAUAGGCAACAGCGACUGAGCUCCUUCCUGGUUAAAGGAUGGCCACCGAAAGCAUUUAUCUGGAGGGUUACCUAACCACAACUACUUAGAUUUGGGUGUGGUCAAAUCUGACAUCUCUUGGCUGUUGUUUUUUUAAGUAGACUUCAUUUGUAUCUUUCUUAAUUCUACUAUUCAUCCUCGGACUUUGUAUUCUGAAAAUUGCCAUGUUGAGAAGGGAGGUCAUUUUACAUGUACUUCCUGUGUUACAAUCUCCUUCUGGUAGAUUUUGAAGAGUAUUAAACCUUCCUUUAAAUGUGACAUAAAGCAGCUUGCUUUAGAGAUAUGUGACUAGCUCCAUUUCACCGUCAGUGAGAUUUCUUGUUCUCAGUUGGAAGACAUGAUAUCAUCCCACAACCUCUGGGAUUCCCUAAUGGAAUUGCCAAAGAGCAGAUGGAGAAGGAAAAACAAAGAAAGCCUUACUUCCUUGCAGUUUUACCCUUUAAAGAACAGAUGCCACAGCCCUAGCACCUUUCACACCUCACGUCUUUUUUUGAAAUGCUUGCAGCCUUACAUCUGGCUUCUGGGGGCGGGGCUAGGUCUGGAAUGCAGCCCUGCCCCCACUCCCAUCUCGCUGGACCCUCACACUGCCUGGGCCUUUGGCCAAGGCUUUGGACUAUGAGGUCAGUGAUGUGGGGGUGAGGAUUUAGCUCGUUUGGGGACCCUGGAGGAAGCCCGACAGCCUCUGCCCUUUUCCAGCCCAGCAGGCAGUGACCACCCAGCCCUGUCCCCUGCAGCUGUAUCUGCAGCUGAGCUGUGACUCCCUCCUGGAAUGUGUGACAAGCCCAAAUGCUCCCGGGAAGAGGCCCAAACAGGGAGAUUAGGAACGCUAAUUUGAUUAGGAACGCUAAUUUGAUUCUGUGUUUUGCCUCAAACUAUACACAGUUCCCUCUGAAUAGCUGUUGAACCAGGUCCCCUUGGGAGAGACCACGUCAGAGGUCCAGUUGAGUGUCCCUGAAACGAUGGCAUCUCCUUCUGCCGACACCAGGGCUGGGGGAAGGGGAGGUUAUCUAAGGAAAAGAUCCAGUCUUCGUUACACUGUGAACAGUCUCACGUUGAUUCAUCCAGGGAUAUCGACUAAUGAGACAAUAAAAUCCUUUCUUUUUGUGUAA